AAUUGAGUCUGUCCUCUCUGUGUUUGAGUGGCUUUCUGGAACAGACCAGACAGACCACAAACAUAUGGAGGUUAUUUAUUUGUUUUUUUAAUUAGGUUGAGAAUGUACAGCAUAUAUGUGUCUCUAAUCUAAUAUGAAGACAUCAACCCAAGUUUUUACACCCGCUGUCUUUUAGGGUCACUAGCCUACUUUGACCACUGGAUGUCGCUAUAGGCUAAUACUUUCCAUCUUUCAAAUGUACAGUAUGUGACCUGCUGCAUUAAAAGUCACGUUUUUAGCAUUCGUAAAUGGAUUAUUAUCGCCUAUUCAGUGAGAGUUGUACGUUUUUAAUCAGACAAAAGUGGAGUAAAUCCUACAGUUCCACAUCAAACAAAGUUCUUGUUUGCGUAUGCAAAUAUCUUAAAGUAGGAUUGCUUUAUGUUCGAUGAAAUACACAUUUUUAAACAAACAAUGCAUGAAGAUACUUUUAUAUGUGAGGGGUUACAAGUGGUGAGGUCUCAGGAUGAAAGGGCAACAAGGUUGGUUGUGUGUAUUUCAUUUAUUUCAUUUCCAAAGUUAUUUGAAAUAUAGUGAAAGAAAGUAGAAACAAUGCACAAUAAUUGUAUGAUAUUUAUGCGUUGGGAUCCUCAUGACUUUAAAGUUUGGCUUUAAAGUCUCAUCUUCAAUCCUCAUCUAUCUCAGACUUUGAAAUCUCCCUCUAAUCACAACAACUCAUAUAAAGUCCAGAAUUGUCAUUACAUGUCACUUAUCUUUUGAUCGGACAAUUGAGUUGGUUCACUGUUAUCAGAACAACAUAAGGACGCAUCAUAAUUUCAGAGUAUGAGAAAGAAAUAGUGCUUCUGCAACAUGGGGGGAGCGAAGCAACGGGUCCCACACAGCAAGCACCGCCGGCGCCGCGCAGAUGCGGAGAUGGCAGCUGAAUCCACCCGGAGAUUCACCAAAAACCUGCUGAAACCGGGGACCGCGGCGGAGAUACGGCAGACGGCUUGCAACGCAGUCAGACACUCGGCAGCGACGCAGGAGAAGCCCAAGCUAAUAGAUCCACUGGACUAUGAGGCCGUUAUCGCUGAACUGGGGGACGAGCUGAAAGAAGACCCUCUCAGAGAUCUGCUGCUAUUCCCUGACAAUGAUUUCUCAGUGUCCACAGUGCCUCAGGAAAGAAGGACUCUCAGGUCCACGGUCCCUGAAGGUGCAGAGCUUCAAGCCGAAUGUCUGCUGGUCAGACAGGCUUGCAAGUAUUACAACUCUGAUUUAAACGUGGUUCAGUUCAAGUAUGAUGACUACGCUGGAGACUACCGCCUGCUGCCAAGGAAAUUGUACAAAGCAGAGAAGCUUCCUUCGCACACAUUCGAGAUCGACUAUGAGGACGUGGACAAGGAUGAGGACACCACCUCCCUGUCUUCCUCCAAAGGGGGCGGCGGAGGGGGCGGCGGAGGAGGUGGAGGAGGGGGAGGGAUCGGUGUGUUUCGCUCUGGCUGGCUGUACAAAGGGAACUUCAACAGCACAGUCAACAAUAGCAUCACUGUUCGGUCCUUCAAGCGCAGGUACUUUCAGCUCACUCAGCUGACGGACAACUCCUACAUAAUGAACUUCUACAAGGAUGAGAAGAUUUCUAAGGAACCCAAAGGUUGCAUUUUCCUGGACUCCUGUACUGGUGUAGUGCAGAAUAAUCGCCUCAGAAAACACGCCUUUGAACUGAAGAUGAACGAGGUCACGUACUUCGUGCUGGCUGCCGAGAGCGAGCAGGACAUGGACGACUGGAUCAGCACGCUGACCCGCAUCCUUCAGAUAAGCCCCCCGGAGUGUCCAGCACAAGACCGCAAGAGUCUGGACCUCUCUGACCAUCGGCAAGAUGUUUUCGACUUGUCACUGAGCGACUGCUGUUUGCAGGAGAAUGAGGACACGACUGAGAAUGGCAUCAAUCCAGAGCUGGCAAAGUAUAUCUCUGAGACUGAUGAGAAGAUUCGUACUGCGAGAAGAGAAGAGCGGCUGAACCUGUUCUCUCUGGACCCAGACACUCCAGUGUUACGGAGUCCACAAACAGAACACAAGUUAAGUGAGAAUGCCCACGUGCGUCCUUUUGAGGAGAAGCUGGGCAGAAGGUUCAUGGUGAGCUGUCGAUCCUUGAAUCUGAUGCUGCAGGGAUGCAUCAGUGAGAAUGAAACAGGACCCAUCACAAACAUUGAGCCUUUCUUUGUCUCAUUGGCGCUCAUGGACGUCAGAGAAGGUCGGAAGGUGUCGGCCGAUUUCCACGUGGACCUGAACCACGAGGCUGUGCGACAGAUGCUGGGCGGCGUCGGCAACGGGACUAGCUGCUCAGGUCCAGGGGUUGAGAAUGGUGGGAGCUCUCCUGGAGAGAAGAUGCCCUCAGAUCUCAAUCUGGACCUGGACCCCUGGCUCUGCUUUGCCAAACAGGCCAUUUUUUCCGUCACCAACCCGCACACAGACAUUGUGAUGGUGGCCAGAGUGGAGAAGGUGCUGAUGGGAAAUAUCGCCUGUGGAGUAGAACCUUACAUCAAAAACACAGACUCAAGCAAGACUGUUCAGAAAAUCCUGAAAUCCAACAAGCAGUUCUGUAACAAACUGGGAAGAUACCGGAUGCCCUUCGCUUGGUCAGUCAGGUCCAUUUUUAAGGACAGCCAUGGCGCCCUGGACCGGGAUUCUCGCUUCUCUCCUCUAUUUAAACAGGAGAGCAACAAGAUUUCGACAGAAGACUUGAUGAAGCUGGUGUCAGAGUACAGACGAGCUGAGAAGACCAGCAAACUACAGACGGUCCCCGGCACGCUGGACAUCGCUGUGGAUUAUGUCCCAAUGGAGCAUCCGAACUGCGUUACGUCGUCAUAUGUCCCUGUGAAGCCAUUUGAGGAUCUCAGCAAGCAUCCACCCACAGUGGAAGUGGAGGAGUUCGUCCAGGACUCAACUAAGUUCACCCAGCCUCACAGAGUCUACAGGAACCACAUCUAUGUUUACCCCAAACACCUCAAAUAUGACAGCCAGAAAAGCUUUGCCAAGGCCCGCAAUCUUGCAGUCUAUGUAGAGUUUCGAAGCUCAGACGAAGAAUCAACCAAACCUGUGAAGUGCAUCUAUGGGAAGCCAGGAGGUCCAGUUUAUGUAACAGCUGCCUGCUCCACUGUGCUGCACCACUCUCAGAGCCCAGACUUCUAUGAUGAGGUGAAGAUUGAGCUUCCCACACAGCUUCAUGAGAAGCACCAUCUGCUUUUUUCAUUCUACCAUGUGACCUGUGACAUCAAUGCCAAAACAAAUGCCAAAAGGAAAGAAGCCUUGGAGACCCCAGUGGGUUACUCAUGGCUCCCGCUCCUGAAAGAAGGCCGUCUGUCAUCCCAGGAAUUUAACAUAUCAGUCUCCUGUAACCUCCCACCGGGAUACCUGGGGCUCAAGGAAGCGAACAACAGCAAGAAUGGAGCAGAUGUUAAGUGGGUCGAUGGAGCCAAAGCCAUUUUUAAAGUGUCGACAAAUGUCAUCUCAACAGUGUACACUCAGGAUCCCCACCUGAACAGAUUCUUCCAGCAGUGCCAGAAAAGAGAGCUGGACCUCUCAUCACCUCCUACCUCCAACUUCCUCAACUGCCUGAAGGGUCUUCACAGCAUGGAGCGAAUCCCCGUCAUCAUCAGAUUUCUGCCUGUUCUUUUCAAUCAACUGUUCCAGGUUCUCACUCAGAACGACAACGAUGAGGUCACUACUGCCACCACCAGAGUGCUGGUUCACACUGUAGCAAAGUGCCACGAAGAAAACUUGGAUCACUAUUUGCAGUCCUAUAUUAAGUUUGUGUUCAAGUCCGAGGCUCACGGCUUCAGGACUGUCCACGAGGAGCUCGCCAAAGGAAUGACCUUCGACCUGAAGAGCAAUGAGCCGACAGCAGUCAAGAAUGUCCUAAAAUUCUCCUGGUUCUUCUUUGAACUGAUUGUGAAGUCCAUGGCGCAACAUUUGGUGGAUGGUGACAAAGUGAAACUUCCAAGACCCCAGCGUUUCCCUUCGUCUUACCUGAACCGUGUGGAGACCCUGGUGGAAACAAUGUCUGAGCACAUCUUCUGGAAAUACAAAGAGCUGACCGAAGAGACACGCAGUGCAAACCUGGCUGUGGCAGCUUUUGUGAAGCGUUGCUUCACUCUGAUGGACAGAGGCUUCACCUUCAAACUGAUUAGCAACUACAUCAAUAUGAUAACUGCCACAGAUAGCAAGAUGCUAUCUGAACUGAAAUUCGAGUUCUUGAGAGACGUGUGCAACCACGAACACUACAUCCCUCUCAGCCUGCCACUGCCGUCGGCGAGGAUCACAGAUCAUGCAUCCCCUGAGCCACAAAACACUCAUGUGUCGGUGCCAGAAUACAGCCUUACUGGGGAGUUCUGCCGGAAGCAUUUCCUGACUGGCCUGUUGUUGCGAGAACUGGGGCUGGCUCUGCAGGAUGAGCAGGACCUGAGGCACCUCGCUCUGGCCACUCUCAAGACGCUGAUGGCCAAGCACUCUUUAGAUGCCCGCUAUGCCACGAAGGAGAAGCAGGCGAGGAUCGCCUCCCUCUACCUCCCUCUGUAUGGUCUGAUCCUGGACAACAUGCCUCGGUUCUUCCUCAGGGAUCUCUUCCCAAUAUACUUCACCUCAAGCGACCAGGGCUCGCGUGAUGACCUGAGCGUGGGCGGCGGAGUGGCAGGAAGUGCAGUGCCGGUCAUUCGCCAUGGCAACUCUGUGGAUGCCUCGUUUUCCAAAGAAGUGCUCAACUCCAUCACAGCUUUCUCGUCACUGGCCGUUGCCACGGGCAACCAGACAGACUCUCGGGGUUCUCUCAUCAGCGUGGACUCCAACCCCAGCAACAGCGACAGGAACAGUGAGAAGAUGGACGGAUGUGAGAAGUUUGCAAGGCCGCAGUCCCUGAUUGGCUACGGUUCCCGCUGUGACAAGCUGGACCAGGCGGAGACCCGCAGCCUGCUCAUGUGCUUCUUACACAUCAUGAAAACAAUAUCUGAAGAUGUGCUGGUGUCUUACUGGCACAGAGCCAUUCACCAGGAGAUCUCAGACUUCUUCAACAUUCUAGAGUUGUGUCUUCAGCAUUUCAGGUUUCUGGGGAAACGACACAUCGCCAGGAAGCUAGCAGCGGCACUAAAGCUGGCACAGUCCACCCAGGCCAAUGGCACGCUGAAGGGCUCUAACCAUCCCUCCCAGUCCACUCAUCCCUCAAGCCUUCUCCCACAAUGGAUGGCCUCAUCUGAACGGGAAGGGCAGCGACAUGCCCGCUCACAAACCAUGCCCAUCAUCAGGGGCAAGAAUGCGCUCACCAACCCCAAGCUGCUGCAGAUGAUGGAGACUGAUGGGAAUGUUCAGGAUGGCGAUUCUCUGAGUCCCACUGAUGUUGAAGCUAACUUGGCUACGGAGGUGUCACUCACAGUGUUGGAUGUUCUGGAGCUCUUUGUCCACCAUCAUAAGAAGCAGCUGCUGCAAGAUGAUGGACAGAACGCACUGAUGAAGAAGGUGCUGGACACCUACUUGCUCUUCUUCCAGAUCAACCAAUCCACCGCCACGCUCCGCCACGUCUUUGCUGCGCUCAGGCUUUUUGUACAAAAGUUCCCCAGCUCCUUCUUCCAGGGCAAAGCUGACCUGUGUGGCUGCCUGUGCUACGAGAUCCUGAAGUGCUGUAACCACCGCUCCAGCUCCACGCAGACGGAGGCUGCUGCUCUGCUCUAUUUCUUCAUGAGGAAGAACUUUGAGUUCACCAAGGGCAAGUCCAUCGUGCGCUCACAUCUGCAGGUCAUUAAAGCGGUUAGCCAGCUCAUCGCCGACGCCGGCAUCGGUGGAUCUCGGUUCCAACAGUCCUUAGCCAUCAUCAACAACUUCGCCAAUGGAGAUGCCCCACUUAAGAACACGACGUUCCCAGCUGAAGUGAAAGACCUCACCAAGCGAAUCCGCACUGUCCUGAUGGCCACAGCACAAAUGAAGGAGCACGAGAAGGAUCCCGAGAUGCUGGUGGACCUGCAGUACAGUCUGGCCAACUCGUACGCCAGCACCCCGGAGCUGCGCCGCACCUGGCUGGAGAGCAUGGCCAAAGUCCACGUGCGCAACGGAGACCUUUCCGAGGCUGCCAUGUGCUACAUCCACAUCUCGGCUCUGAUCGCUGAGUCGCUGAAGAGGCGAGGCUACUGGAGAGCUGACAAGGCCAGGAUGUCCAGUGUGUCCCUGGAAGAAAGCUCUGUUUAUAACUGUAGCACCUUACUAACCUCCUCCCGAGACCAAGACACUUCGUUCUCGCUGGGUUGGGCGGCGUUCAUGUGCAUGAGUCCAAAUGUUGAGGAGGAAGGCGCCAUGAAGGAAGACACUGGAACACAGGACACGCCGUACACAGAGGACACGCUGGUGGAGCAGCUGGAGCUGUGUGUGGACUACCUGUGGAAGUCGGAGCGGUACGAGCUCAUCGCCGACAUCAACAAGCCUGUGAUCGUGGUCUUUGAGAAGAGGAGAGAUUUCAAGAGGCUGUCGGAGCUUUACUACGACAUCCACCGCUCAUACCUGAAGGUGACGGAGGUGGUGAACUCAGAGAAGAGGCUGUUUGGUCGCUACUAUCGCGUGGCUUUCUAUGGACAGGGAUUCUUCGAAGAGGAGGAAAGUAAGGAGUUCAUCUACAAGGAGCCCAAGCUCACCGGCCUGUCUGAAAUCUCUCAGAGGCUACUGAAACUCUACUCAGACAAGUUUGGGGCUGAUAAUGUCAAAAUGAUCCAGGACUCCAACAAGGUGAAUCCUAAAGACCUGGACCCCAAGUUCGCCUACAUCCAGGUCACCUAUGUGGUGCCCUACUUCGAUGAGAAGGAGCAGCACGACAAGAGGACCGAUUUCGAGAGACACCACAACAUCAAUCGCUUCGUCUUCGAGACGCCCUUCACGCUGUCAGGGAGGAAACAUGGAGACGUGGAGGAGCAGUGCAAGAGACGCACCAUCUUGACCACGAGUUCCAGCUUCCCGUACCUGAAGAAGCGAAUCCAGGUGGUGGAGCAGCAGAGCACGGAGAUGAACCCGAUAGAGGUCGCCAUCGACGAGAUGUCGCGCAAAGUGUCAGAGCUCAACUACCUGUGCAACAUGGAGGAAGUGGAUAUGAUCCGGCUGCAGCUGAAGCUGCAGGGCAGCGUGAGCGCCAAGGUGAAUGCCGGCCCCAUGGCUUACGCCCGGGCGUUUUUGGAGGAGAAGAACGCCAAGAAAUACCCCGACAACCAAGUGAAGCUGCUGAAGCAGAUCUUCAGGCAGUUCGCAGAAGCCUGCGGCCAGGCCCUGGACGUCAACGAACGGCUGAUCAAGGAGGACCAGCUGGAGUACCAGGAGGAGAUGAGAGCCCACUACCGGGACAUGCUGGCCGAGCUGUGUGGCGUCAUGAACGAACAGCUCCAACCAAGUGUUCUUGCCUCCAGCACCACUUCUCUCUCUAACAGCUCUCUUUCCACUCUUUCUAAGACGGAUUCCACACACAAGGCAGCCAGGAACGGAGCGACACAGCGGCUUUUGAACGGCCAAUAGAAUCGAGGGAAGCCCUUGGUGACCCAAAGUGUUCACGUGAGGUGCCGGACGGAGCCUCAUGGGCUUCAUUUCAGAGCGAUGUCGGAACAGUGUAGUGACGUUGGGGCUGUAGAAUGUGGUCGUGGUAGUCUGUCGUCCUGUCGUUGAAUGUUCCAUAUCUACAGUAGAGACCAGACCUGCUGGACUGUUCUUUUCACUUUGUUUUGGCUUUCCAGAAUGUCGCUUGGAUUUUGCUUAGAAAUGUGCAUCCUGAAAGUAUUUCUCCCAAAGCCCUUGACCCUUUAGAGACCGGUGACCUUACUGCAUUUCCAGGUGCUUCAUUACGUCGGUGCGUUGGCCCUGGUUCUGACCGACGGACACCAUCACGGAAGCCAAAACAAAACGCGGGGUUGAUCCCACUUCUCCUGCUUGAAUGUAGAGCAGCGCCACAUUUGUACUCACGCUAACAGAAAUAUCAGCCUGCCGGUUUUUCAAACGGAAGUUGUGUUUUGUAACAUUUUUAUCAUUCAAAUGGCUUUUCAAUUGUUUUUAUUUCAAUUGUAAAUAAGAAGUAUUAAUAUUUAAAAUGUUUUGAAGGGUUUUUUUUCUUUCUUUUUUAUAAAAUAUACAAUAUAUAAAUAUUUGUUUAGCUGAACUAAAAAUGAAAAAGAAGAAAAUUAAAAGAUUUAUGUAUAACAU